AAGAUCUGGUUCUGAACGAAUCCCUUCCGUUCUGCUCGAGUCCGCCUCUCCGUGCCUGUUCCUAUUGACGCACUUAAAGACUCUUCCCUCAACCUUAAGGCGAGUAGCAGCGACCAAUCACCAUGCCAUUACAGGCUUCAGAGGAAGCUGUUUAUGUGACUCCAGCGCUAAUUAAGCUCAUGAACUAACAAAUCGCUUGCACAACUGUGAGGAACCGAUCACAUCCAUGGAUUGUCUGGCGCAGUCGACCACCUUUAUGGCUAUUCAUUGAUUUGUUGUUACUUUGGCUUCUAUUCUUGCUGCACUCUUCGUUCCAAAGUUAUUUAUGCUGACAAACUUUCUCGGUGUGGAGUAGUAGCCUAUUUUUACGAAGAACGCCUGCACCUCUUAAAUUCUAAGCUGGGGAAUCUUGACUAUCAAACUAUGUUUCAACCUACACCGAAGAGGUGUUUUACUAUAGAAUCGUUGGUAGCGAAGGAUAAUCCUCUACCAGUGUCGAGGUCUGAGGAGCCCAUACGACCAGCGGCUCUGAGCUAUGCAAACUCCAGCCAGAUGAAUCCAUUUCUGAACGGGUUUCAUUCCAGCGGCAGGGGCGUCUACUCUAAUCCGGACUUGGUGUUUGCUGAGGCGGUCUCACAUCAUAACAACUCCGGUGUCCCAGUUCAUUCGGUGCCCCCUCCACACGCGUUGGCUCACCCACUUUCAUCCUCCCAUAGUCCGCACCCUCUUUUUGCCAGCCAGCAAAGGGACCCCUCAACUUUUUACCCAUGGCUAAUACAUAGAUAUAGGUACUUGGGUCACAGAUUCCAAGGUAACGAAACAAGCCCGGAGAGCUUCCUUUUGCACAAUGCACUGGCCAGAAAGCCCAAAAGAAUUCGGACAGCUUUUUCACCUUCGCAACUUCUGCGGCUUGAGCACGCAUUUGAAAAAAACCAUUACGUCGUAGGUGCCGAACGAAAACAGCUUGCGCACACCCUUAGCCUCACAGAAACUCAGGUAAAAGUGUGGUUUCAGAACCGAAGAACCAAGUUCAAACGGCAAAAGUUGGAGGAGGAGGGUUCAGAUUCGCAACAGAAGAAGAAGGGGACCCAUCACAUAAACCGAUGGAGACUUGCAACAAAACAAGGAUCGGGAAGUCCCGAGGAAAUUGAUGUCACUUCAGACGAUUAAAAUAGCCUACUAAAUUGUUUGAACCUGGGACAGCCGCAUGGCGUGAAGUAUGACAUGGCUAAGGAUGCUGUGUACAGGGAGAAGGUAAAGCUAAUGUCACAUUUCGAUUCUUCGGAGAUCGGCAGCUGAGGGUGAGAGAAUUCCAAUUGGUGGCGCUUCUGUCACUACCAUGGGUCUGUCAAUGUGGAUCAAAUUGCCCAGGCAAAAGUGAUCGACAGUAUCGCAGUCCACCUACCUGACCCCCUUCCACUCACCAACCCACCACUACAAUCUCCCACGAACCUCCCAAAAAUUAAUCGCCAAUUCACAUUGGAAAUUUGCACUUCUGAAAGUUUCUAAAUAUGAACGUUUCCACUCAAGAUACCAAAAUACAAAACUGUCUUUGUUAAACUUGAAUUGCAUGGUAGACUUUCUGGUAGUUUUAAUUUGAUAAUUUUCUCAAAAACAACUUUGUUUUUACUAAAUCUCAGAGAUGUUGUGCUUCUUCCUUUUUACAAAGUGUGCAGUCUUUUAAUUAAUGAUUCUCGUGUUAAAGUGAUUGUGAAAACAGUAUGAAGUAGCAGUGCUGCGUUAUAGUGUUUCUAAAGAAAAGACUAAUGAAAAUGAAUUUCGAAAACUUUAUAAAAGUUUAUCAAACCACAUAUGAAGUACUUAAAGGGAAAGUAUCCAGGACACUCCUUAAACCCAAGCUUUACCAUGUCUCCGUUAUUCUGUCCCGAACAUAUUGUCAGGACUUGACCCUCCCGUGAGAGUUGCCACGAAGGACUAAUGCAAGAAUUGACAGCCAUAGAGGCGAGAACUUCAAGCACUGAGCGUUUCCAUGUACAGAGAUUAAAAGUUAAUGUUUCUGUUAAACCCUCUUUUACCAGAAUGUAAAUAAUUUUGUGUUUGUGUUAAGUUUGCUACAAUUUUAACACAAAGUAUACUUCCAAGAAGUAUGUAAUUGUCAAUAUUUUGUCAAUAAAGUUUUAUCAAUAUGUUGCGCGCAGAGUAAAAGUAGGCCUAUAUGGUUUUGAUUUACGAUCAGCUUUCAUAUCUUCACAUUUUAUACCCGCUGUCACCAAUCACCCGCUUCAUAGCCUAUAUCUUGAUUUUGGUCAAACCAGUCUC